UCUCAUUCUGAGUGAUAACACUUCUGACUCUGAGUGAUAACACUUCUGAUUCUGAGUGAUAACACCUCUGAUUCUGAGUGAUAACACCUCUCAUUCUGAGUGAUAACACCUCUUAUUCUGAGUGAUAACACCUCUGAUUCUGAGUGAUAACACCUCUGAUUCUGAAUGAUAACACCACUUAUUUUGGGUGAAAAAACGCUGAUUCUGGGUUAUGAAAUUUCCGAUUCUUUAACAAAUCAGAAAAGAGCAUGCCCGAAAGUUAUAAUAUCAUUUAAUUGAUCAUCGAAAAACACCAAAGCACUAAAUGAGCAUCCAUUUUCAAGAUUUCUCGAGAGAUGGGAGUGGGGGUUAUAAUUAAAUGAAUACUCGUAGUUUGUUCAGAAAUAUGCCCAGAAUGAAUAGUUUGAUGGCAGUGGUGACAAAGUUGUAGAAAAUACCCAAACGUGAAAGGUUUGUGUUAGUAGUGGAAAUGAAGAGAUUGUUUGAUAGUGCUUAGUAAAUAGAUAGGUUGUUGGAUACAACUAGUUAAAAAAAUUGUUCUCAAUAAAAAAUCCCCUCAUGCAAAUCAAAUGGAUGCUCCCUAAAAGCACCAUACAUCUCUCUCUAAUUCUUUCUAUACAUUCCCUGUCUGAAGGUCUGGUCUGGCUCCUGUGUAGCCAAGUCUUGCAAUCUCAUGUCCCGAUGUCUGGAGACUCGGGUUGGAAAGGUUGUCUGUGUAAAGAGAGGAACACAGACGCACAGACUUCACAAGUCACGGGAGAGCAUUCUUCAUGAUGCCUGCAGACAGGGAUGCCUGAACCGAAUAAAACGCAUCUUGUCUGACGGUCGAGUCGAGGUAAACAAUAAAGACGCAAAGGACGGAAUGACACCAUCAAUGUUGGCAGCCUUCUUAGGGUAUAAGCAUGUGUUUGACCUUCUUGUGAGUAAUGGGGGUGAUCUGUCACUAGUUGACAAAAAUGGUGACAACAUCCUUCAAGCGGCCUGUCAUGGAGGUAGUUUGGAUAUAAUAGAGUUUGUUCUUCCACUGGGCAUCGUUGACAUCAACAGCAGAGAUCGGUAUGGGAGGACACCACUGAUGAUGGCAAUAUUUGAUGGACAUAGAGAUGUUUAUGACCUUCUGUUGAGUAAAGGUGCUGAUGCGUCGCUAUUUGAUAAUUAUUAUGACAAAACCGUCCAUAUUGCUUGUAUUACAGGACAUGUAAGAAUGAUGAAGUAUGUCAUCUCACAGAAUACUGCAAACAUCAACACUAGAGGUCACUACGGACGUACGCCAGUGAUGAUUGCAGCAGAGUACGGACACCGGGAAGCGUAUGAUCUACUUGUUAGCAUAGGAGCUGAUAUGUCUCUAGUUGAUAACAACAGUGACAAGAUCCUUCACGUGGCCUGUUUUGGAGGACAUGUAGAGAUGGUUGAAUAUCUUCUCUCACAGAAUACUGCAGCCAUAAACACAAGAGGGCACUUCGGUCGAACGCCAGUGAUGAUAGCAGCAGAGUACGGACACAGGGAAGCGUUUGAUCUGCUUGUACGCAAAGGAGCUGACGUAUUCCUUGUUGAUGAUAGCAAUGACACCAUCCUUCACGUGGCCUGUUUUGGAGGACAUGUAGAAAUGGUGCAAUACCUCCUCUCAAAGGUCACCGUGGACAUAAACUGUAAAGGAAACUACGGAAGAACUCCAGUGAUGGUAGCAGCAGAAAAGGGACACAGGAAAACGUUUGAUUUACUUGUAAAGCAAGGAGCUGAUGUGUCCCUAGUUGAUGAUAACGGUCACAACAUCCUUCAUCUGGCCUCUCUUGCCGGACGCCUACAGAUGGUGACGUAUCUCAUAUCACAUGAGUAUGUGGACAUAAACGGCAAGAACAAAUUUGGGUACACAGCAGCUAUGAUAGCAGCAAACGAAAAACAUAAGGCCGUGUUUGACAUUCUUGUGUCAAAGAGCAAUGUAUAAACUCUCAACAAGAGAGUCGUUGUAGGUAAAUUAGGCUUACAAAACGGUAUGUGUUAAAAUAUAGAUUAAAAUGAAAAAUGUGUUUUCUGAGUCAAGUUGUUUCUUCAUGAAAUUUGAUGCUUGAUUAUACUCUAAUUAUUGCGGAAAUAAACACUAUAUCUAGAU